AUGGCGACAAAGAACGACACAGGCGUGGUAGUGUGCUCUACAUCGCUGACGCAGGAUGUGCGAACUCGAAUCGCCGAGGUUGCGAAGCAGCUGGGCGCAGUCCAUAAGCUGGACCUGACGUCUGAUGUGACGCAUCUCCUUGUCGGCGAUAUUGAUACUCCCAAGUACAAAUAUGUUGCCAAAGAACGACCCGAAGUGAAGGUGUUGCAGCCUGAAUUUAUUGAUCAAGUAAAUGAAGCAUGGCGAGACGGAGAAGACCUCACCGCGGAGAAGUUACGAGGCUUCGAGGAACAGCACAAGAUGCCGACGUUCGCCUCUCUUCAGAUAUGCAUCACUGGCUUUGAGGAUCCAGACUUUCGCAAGAGCAUAGAGAGAGACGUCGAGACGCGCGGUGGCAAGUACAGUCCUGACCUUGUCAAGUCCGUCACUCACCUUAUCGCUGCUCGCCCAGAGGGUGCCAAGUAUACACAUGCAAAGCAAUGGGGUAUAAGAGUGGUCGGCUUGAAGUGGCUCGAGGACUGUAUUAUUCGGGGUAUGGUCGUAGACGAGAGCUACUACCUGCCAGAGCUGCCGCGAGAGCAGCAGGGCGUUGGCGCCUUCAGAACAGAACCAAGACGGCCGGAGAGCGCACUUGGCAAGAGAGGGAGAGAAGACGCGACAACGCCCGCUGAACAAGGCCCGAGGAAGAAGCUACGGAAGAGUGCCAGCAUGAAACUUGCCGGACAAAGCCAGGACAUGUGGCAGAGCUUCAGCCAGCACGAGGUCCAGGUAGAAACAUCCUUGGUCGAUGCGUGGCAAGACACACGUGCGGAGGACGUCCAGAAGACACGAGAUAGCCUUGCACCUCGUCGAAGUGACGUGCUCGACGUCGUUGAGCGAAACGACCCCAUGGAGCCUACAGGACUGUUCGCCGGAUACUACGUCUUGAUCCAUGGCUUCGACACCAAGAAGACUAGACAGUUGCGUGGCGCGAUCGAGAAGGAAGGUGGUGUUGUGGUCCGCAGUGGAGAUGAGCUAGAGGCCGCAUCUGAGAACAUCUUCUUCAAAUCACGAUGUCUUCUCAUGCCACAUGCGCAGCCUACUAAGCUGCCCGACGUGCCGCCUGGGACGCUUCUCGUAACUGAAUGGUGGGCAGAGCGCUGUCUCUACUUCAAGCAAAAGCUCGAUCCGGACGAUGAUGCUCUGAGUCAACCUCUUUCGGAAGCUUUGAUACCGGCCUUCAGCAAAUUGAGGAUUUCUAUGACUGGAUUCGACCAGGUCGACUUCCGCAUGACAGCAGAGACAGUCAAGUUGAUGGGGGCAGAGUACCAGGAGCAACUGAUGCCGUCAACUUCGAUCCUGAUUUGCGCCUCCCAGCAUGUCAAGCAGGAGAAGGCGCUUUAUGCCUCCAAACACAAUAUCCCGGUGGUCUCACAAGCUUGGCUCUGGGCGUCGUUGAGAUCGCGAGAAAAGGUGCCCAUUGACGUUUACAGAUUCCAGCUGCCUGCAUACGACCAUAAGCUGCUAACGCCAGAAGGGUCAAAUGCCAGUUCAGCCUUGAGUGCACGCCACCAACUCAAUGGAUCCCGGGGACAAGGAAAGCGAACGGAUGACCUGUCGCAUCCCAAACGCCUGUCGAACACACGCAGGCGUCAUGCAACACCUUCACUCGUGCUCAAGGCCGGUUCUGUAGCAAAGUCGGACGAGCCGGUUCUCAAGAAAUCCCGACCUGGUCCAUUCAUACAUGAAGACGACGAAGACGACGCCGAAGCACCUCCAAUGCCCGUGGAUGACAACGUGACUCAGCGAAUGACGGCAUCUCACACCACCACGACCAUAAAUGCUGGCUCAUUGCCAUUGAAAGAAAUUUCGCCGAACGCAUCACAACCACGAACCGAUAAAUCGUCUGAGAGCAAGCAUGUGUCAACCAGACCGAGGCUCGAUAAUACGGAUACAGACCAGCCGCUGACCGACAAGGCUGUCACCAUCUCACCUCAGGAUGACAGUCACGAGCCAGAAUUACGGCCGAAGUCACCCCGGAAUGCCAUUCCGAGCCCAGCAAAAGAGAAGACGGUCCCCGCGCCUAAGAUGAUGUCCGAACUCACGUCCGACCUCGCAAGUAUCUUGAACCGCCGCGUGGCAUCAGGCAGACACUCUGCAAGCCCUGCCAUGUCUGCUGGGGGUGAGGAGGGCGAGUAUAGUGUUGCAGAUGGCUUUGCGCCUUCUAAGCAGGAAGUCGUUCCAGCACCGGGAACACAGCUUGGCUACGGUGGCAGUGAAGAGAGUUCUGGUAGGCGAGUGAUGAGCGUGAAAGAUAGUGAGGAAAUUGCGAUGAAGAAAGAAGCUGUCGGUGCUGCAGCGGCUGCAGGAAGCAGAAAGGCUGCAAGGACCAGAACCAAGGCUUGA